AAACACCUCAGAAUAAAACAAGUCGGCAGGUUUGACUUUUAUACAGCGACGGUGUAAUCCUCCAGAUCAGAAACACCUGUGCACAUCCUGUCCCCAAAAAACUCCUUCCAUUCAUAGCAAAUCGCGCGAUCGUUUGAGUUCCUCGCAAAUCCAACUUUGUAAUUGUCAAACGGAUCCAAAGAUCCAAGGUGAGGAUCAAGCGCAGUGAACAGCUAGGAGGGAUCUUGGAUUACUAAAAGGAAAACUGUGCAGCAUGAGCACCAGACCACAGGCAGAAGCUGUCUGCACCCAGGAAAGCAAGAGCAAACUAGAACACAAUGACUCCCCUUCUGCACUCUUCUACCUUUUCCAGGAAGUAUCCAAGCUAACCGCACACACCCACACCAGUUUGCUGGACUCAAAUCCACCACCUGAAAGACGCAAGGAGACGUCGAAGAAGAAUCCCGUAUUUAUUAAAAAGACUGAAGAUGGACGCUCCCUCCAAGUCUCUGUUAGCUCCUGCCAGCUCAACAUGUCUCAUAUAACGCCUCAUAAUAACCUGAAAAACACGAGGGAAGAAAGUCCCAGAAGCAAGAACGCCCAUCUAGAUGAGGCCCGCCGUGAAUGCAGUAGUCCUCUGAAAGCGUUGAGCUUGAUCAACCUGCACUGUGAAAGACUCCUCCAAGGAGAUGUGCAGGUUUCAGUCUCUGGGAAGGUGUUGUCCUCCGCUAACUGCAGUGACUCUUCGGCCUCAUUGGCUGCUGGGGGAAAAACCAAGGCGGGAGUCGGUGGAGACGGUGCUCAGCGCCGUUACGCAGCAUCUCCUGUUCUCUCAGAGGAACAGGAGAGGGCAGCCUCUGCACAUCCUGCGCAGGACGUGGGGGAUUGCAAUGUGCAGCUCCAGAGGGCUGAAAAAGCGGAUGCUGGUGGGGCAAAGUUAAAGGAAGAUGAUUCAGUGAUUUAUUUUCAGCCUCUGUGGAGUCCCAGAGACGAAGUCAAGUUCAAUGGAAACGGAGAGCUAGAACAAAGCCACAGAUCUUCAGGUGUAAGGGGGAUUUUAGAUUUACACCACCCUGAUAAUGCUGACCAGCAUGUGCACACUACUAAUAUAUCUCUUGAUGAUCAGCUGAUCUUUAGUCCAAGUGAAAAAGACAUACCAGCAAUAACUUUAGAUCAGAAUUCAAACAUUAGUUUGUCCUCUGUUAUCACUCAGCUGCCUCCUCCUAACCCCAUCCUGCCCUCUUCACAACCAGCAUCCCUCCUUUUAGGCGACGCAGAAAGUUUCAACAGCCUUUCAAAAGAAGUCCACGAGGUCUCAGCACAUGAUUUAGACUCUAACAGUCAAGAAACACACGGGUCUGCCCACUUAAAGUCCCUCAGCUGUGAUGUGUCAACUCCAACGUCAGAAAUUUGGAACGGGCAAAAGGAGGAGAUCGGCCUGCCUUCUCACCCGUGGAGAGCCAAAAGCAGAAGAAAACAGCUUCAUCCCUCCCGCAGUGCUGAUAUUCAAGACCCAAACUUCCAGGGAGUGACGUUCAGGAUGGACACAGAGCUGGAUGACACCAGGGAGCAGUGCCGGCUCCUGAUAACCUCCAAGUACAGCAAGGAGCUCCGCAGAGGCGGGAGAAAACCAAAACUGAGGUCACGGAUGUCGCAGAAGUCAUAUAAAACUAGCAGCUCAGAUGAGGACAAUGAGCUUACCGUGGACAUCUCUAAGGUUAAAGUCUGUGCGUCAUGCUGCACCAGGAAGACCCCCAUGUGGAGGGACGCAGAGGAUGGGACUCCCCUCUGUAAUGCUUGUGGAAUCAGGUAUAAGAAGUACAGAGUGCGCUGUCUGAACUGCUGGCACAUCCCUCGAAAAGAGGGCAACUCCAACUCGCGCUGCCUCAAAUGUGGAAACUUUGUGAGGCUCACCACAGCUCAGCGGAAACACACGAUCUAGAGGUUCUAGAAAGGCAUCGUAGUUCAUUUGUGAUGAGCACAUCUGCGUCAAAAACGGUUUUUCCCUGUUGACAUUGUUUUGGUACAUAUUUUUGAGUGUUUAAAAAAAAAAACAUGGACGACGAAUGUUUUGUCUAAAAUUCACUUAAAGUUAAGAUGGUGUUUCAAAGUAAUAUUUUUUUUGCUUGAUGCUCUACUGUUGUGCUUUCUUUACAAAGUUUGUAAAUGUUUCCUCUUCAUGUCAAAUGUGAUACUAAAUGUCCAUCAGAGCUGGUGGUUAAUGUUGACAGACUGUCAAAGUAAGAGCUCGUCUUUAAUGUCACUAUGUUUACUAUUAAACUUUGCUCCUGACCCUGA